AUGCCAAACACUUCAUUAAAUGGUAUCACUCAAUAAAAAAAAUCAGUUUAAUUCAGCGAAUAAAAAACUGUUCACAUAGUAGAAAACUGGAAAGAAUUUAAUUAUACUCCUAAAGAAAUAAAAGUUAAAGAUCGAUAAAUGAAAGUUGAAAAAAUAGUUAUUAGAACUGAAUUCGAAAAUUAUAUGUUGGAGAAAUACAAUAAAUUUAAAUCUGCCCUUAAAGAAUUAACUAAUUCAUGCUCAUUUAUAUGA